AUGGCCCCCUUUCUUUCAGGUGGUGGGUAUAGCUCGGAAGGUUGGUCCUAUAUUUUGGCCCUUCAUGGCCACAGAAAAAUGCAAUCUUUAAGGUUGGCGAUUGAGCACCAUGGUGAUCUAGAAUCUCUGGAGUUUUGGCAGGGUUUGCCACUUGAUAUGAAGAAUUUGGCACUUGAGCUGUACCAAACUCGGUGUAGAAUGAACGAGACAAUUGUAAUUUGCCAUAGUGAACCUGGUGCUUGGUUCCCUCCAAUGUUUGAAACCAACCCAUGCCCUCCAUCUUUGUACCAUCAUUUCAAGUCUGUUAUUGGCAGGACCAUGUUCGAGACUGAUAGAGUGAAUGAUGAACACGUGGAGCGCUGUAAUACAAUGGACUAUGUUUGGGUUCCUACAGAGUUUCAUAUGUCUACUUUUGUGCAAAGUGGGGUUGAUCCUUCCAAGGUGGUGAAGAUUGUUCAACCUGUUGAUGUGAAGUUCUUUGAUCCUGUGAGGUACAAGCCAUUGGAUCUUGCUUCUAGAGCAAAACUUGUCUUAGGUUCCUGUGUGAGGAAGAGUUUUGUAUUUUUAAGUAUCUUCAAAUGGGAAUAUAGAAAAGGGUGGGAUGUGUUGUUAAAAGCAUACUUGAAGGAAUUCUCAAAGGAUGACGGGGUCUCUUUGUACUUGUUAACAAAUGCUUAUCAUACUGACAACAAUUUUCGUAAGAAGAUAUUGGAUUUUGUGAAGAAUUCGGGUAUGGUAGAACCAGUUAGUGGUUGGGCUCCAGUCUAUGUUAUUGAUACUCACAUAGCAUUGAGUGACUUGCCUAGAGUUUACAGUGCUGCUGAUGCUUUUGUCCUUCCUUCCAGAGGGGAAGGAUGGGGGAGACCACUGGUGGAGGCCAUGUCAAUGGCAUUGCCGGUGAUUGCUACAAAUUGGUCUGGACCAACUGAGUAUUUAACAUAUGAUAAUAGCUAUCCACUGCCUGUGGAUAGAAUGAGUGAAGUAACAGAAGGUCCAUUCAAGGGACACCUUUGGGCUGAACCUUCCGAGGACAAACUUAAGGUUUUAAUGAGGCAGGUGAUGAGUAAUCUCCCUGAGGCUACAGCCAUUGGCAGGAAGGCAAGGGAGGACAUGAUACGGUGGUUCUCGCCUGAGAUCGUGGCCGACAUUGUUGCAGAUCACAUACAAAACAUUCUAGGUCAAUAA